AUUGCCAUUGCCAUCACCACCACCACCACCACCACCACCACCACCACCAUGGCCGAACGCGAACUCCACACCAUCCUCCAAACCCUCCAAACCUCCCCCCUCUCCGACUACCGCGCCUCCUCCGCCCUCCUCUCCCGCGCCAAACUCCUCCUCCUCAAACUCAACGCCCUCACCCCCCUCCCCAGCACCCCCCACCCCCUCCUCCUCGCAUCCCGCUCCCUCUUCGAAACCGCCGCCCUAACCGCCAUCCGCGCCAAAGACCCCGAGGCCUUCACGCGCUAUGUCCACCUUCUCGAGCCCUUCUACAACCUGCCCACCAAUGUCUUGUCACCUGCUGAUUCGCAGAGGGCGAAGAUCACGGGGCUGUUUUUGCUGUUGCUUUUGGUGAAGGGGAAUUAUGCGGGGUUUCAUACGGAGCUGGAGGCGCUGGAGAUUCAGGGCGCGGAUGUGGAGGGGGAUGCGUUUUUGGGGUAUCCGGUUAGGUUGGAGAGAUGGCUGAUGGAGGGGAGCUAUGAUCAGGUGUGGAAGGCGAUGAGGAGCAGGGAGGUGCCGAGUGAGGAGUUUGGCAUCUUUUCAGAGAUCCUGAUCCCACGCAUCCGCGCCGAAAUUGCAUCGUGCUCCGAGCGCGCAUACCCUUCCCUCCCCGUCUCAAGCACGAAGGACCUCCUCUUCCUCGACUCUGAGGGCGCCGUGGUGCAGUUUGCACAGAGCAGGGGAUGGGUGGUAAGGGAUGGACGGAUCUACUUCCCUGCGCAGGCAGUGGUGAAGGCUGAGGGCGAGGAGAGGGAGAUUAGCCAUGCGGCGAUUGAGAAUACGCUGGGUUAUGCGAGGGAGCUGGAGACGAUUGUUUAGAUGGGGCGUUGUAAUUGGGGAGUCGGGGAGGAAGAAAAUGGAUGGAUGGCUUGCCGGGGUUUGGCGUAUGGGUGUACGAUCCCUUAGAGACGCAUUGGGGGGGGGAUAAAAUCGUUGCGGUUUGAUCCGGAUGCAACUACAUUGAUGCUAGAGGAGUAAUUUUCAUUGUUGUACCCAAGGAAAUACAGAGAUAUAAUCGUCGGAACUGACCCUAUUGCAUAGGGUCGGGGUAAUCAAAGAGCGUUCGCGGAAGCAAACGGCAUUCGCAACCACCAAAUUUUGUAGGUUAGCACUACAUAGUAAUUUAUAUGAAAAGGUACUUAAAUUGAU